CUGAGCCAAGGCAGCCACUCACACUCGCUCGAUCCUCGAGCACAUGACGUCACGUGAACUUGGGAGCCCUUUGCCCUCCCUGCUAAACUAUUGCGCUACUGGAGUCUCGAUCUGAACACACACACGACUGCAAGACCGCAAAAGGCACAAUUUUUGGAGUUUAGAGCAUUUUCAUUUUUUUUUUUCGAGGGAAAAAAAAGGCCACGCUGGAAUUAUGCAGUAAGGAAAACAAGAGUAGAGAGCAGGAUUAUAGUUCAUCUCCACAAAGAGAAAGUCACACAAGUUUGGAAAAACACGAGUACAAGGGUCAUAAUGAUUGCUGAGUGAUAUGAAUGGACUCAUUAUGGAUCUUGGCAAUGAAGUGGACCUGUCCAAUAACAAUAUCAUUCCUCUCUGGAAAAGACUGAAUAAAAAUGACAUGAAGUCCAAACCCAGACCGCUCAGUUACCAAAUAGAUGGAGUUCUCAUGACAGACUUUCCUGUGGAUGAUAUGUGUAGUUUUACUCUCACUCAGCCAGCUGAGAAGAUUAGCACCACUGUGUCAAACACUACAGUGCUGAAGCAUACUCUCAACAAACCCAUGAGGAAGACUAGGGUUGUUCGGAGCAUCAGUAUUGGAUAUUUAUCGAAUGGACAGUUUUCACUGUCAAAGUUCUCUAAAUCGGAUGAUGAAAAGGAUGAAGAGGCUACUUCUUCCCCUAAAACAACAUUGCCCACCAAGAAUGGGAAUGGCCUCAGUGUUUGGCAUGACAUAACAGAGCCUUUCAAACGUCUCUCCAGUCAGUUCACUCUCACCUCUCAAAGAGAUCAGAUUGUUUUUGGGAAUGUGUCUCCACCACCAGAGACUGUUUCACCAAAACAUAUUGUAUCACCUCAGAACUUCACACAUUCACCUCCACUCCAGUCGCAGGAUGCCCAUGGGUCUCCCGUCGACCUUCGCAGCUCCCCCUCUCACAGUUCCACCUCCAGCAUCCCCUCCAUCUCCUCCAACCUUAGCCUCCCCUCAGAUCCCCCCACACCCUGCACUACAUCCCCUGCUGAGAGGCCAGUGGGCGUCUUGUUGCAAAGGCAGAGUUCAGAGUCGCCUCAGGGUUUAGAGGGCAAGCGGCCCACUUCCCCAAUCAUACUGAGCACCCAUAGUCCCGCAGCGCAGAAGAGCGGCACCCAGCAGAUCAUACCCAGAGCUCUGGUCUCCGACACGCGCCUUAGCAAGCCCUCUCAGAUGUUUUUGAACACUGGUAAAAGUGCCUACCGACCACGAAGCAUGUUUGAGACUGGGUCUUCUUUCUCCACCAGUAAGGAGGAUGAGCUGGAUGGAGAUGAGAACACAGGACAUCUGACAAGAGGCCAGCGCUCCAAAUCGUAUCGCCGAGCAAUGGUCAGUGGCGUAGAUAUAGAUGUGCCCUCUUUAGACCCAAAGGCCAAACGAUUGUCCCAGCCUGUACUGAAAGGAGUCGCUGAGGAGAGACUGUCUUGUGUGAGUCCAUCCAAGAGCAAAAAUGUGCAGAGGAAGAAAGGCCUUCCGACUCAGCGGACAUUUGACAGUGAGGAGGAAGAAGUUCUGUACCAGAAUUACCAAGAGAAAGCCCUUCACAAUGAUUCUGAUGAGGACGCUGAACCCAAACAUCCUCAGCCAGAUGAAAGCAUUGUGGUCCAGUACAAACCCAUCCGUACUUCCUGGAGUCAACUCAGUGUGGUUAAAAAGAGUGGAAAGUUUGAGAAGUUAAGUCAAGAAGAACGAAAGAGACAAGAGGCCAUAUUUGAGGUAAUUUCAUCAGAGCACAGUUACUUACACAGUCUGGAGAUCCUCGUCCGUCUCUUUAAGAACUCAAAUGAGCUCAGCGAGAUCAUUAACAAAACGGACCAUCACCACCUCUUCUCCAACAUUGUUGACGUCUGUGAGGCCAGCAAAAAGUUCUUUAAGGAACUUGAGGAUCGGCACCAGCAGAACAUUGUAAUUAAUGACAUAAGUGACAUCGUUUUAAGGCACGCCCAGUCAAACUUUGACCCCUAUGUGACAUACUGCUCGAAUGAAGUGUACCAGCAGAGAACCCUGCAAAGGCUGCUAAAUAAAAGCCCCUCCUUUAAGGAGCUACUGACAAGGAUCGAGGCCCACCCAGACUGCCGGAACCUUCCAAUGAUCUCCUUCCUUAUCCUGCCCAUGCAGAGAGUCACGCGGCUGCCCUUGUUGAUGGAUACCAUAUGCCAGAAGACGCCCAAAGAUUCAGCCUCUUAUGAGGCAUGUAAAAAAGCUCUGCAUGUUGUCAGCAAGCUUGUGAGGAAAUGUAAUGAGGGUGCUCGUACAAUGGAGAGAACAGAAAUGAUGUACACCAUCAAUUCCCAGUUGGAGUUUAAAAUCAAGCCGUUCCCACUGGUGUCAUCCUCCCGCUGGAUGGUGAAGCGUGGUGAGCUAACAGCUUUUGUAGAGGAAAAUGGCAUCUUUUCCAAAAGAACGUCUCGCCAGCAUGUCUAUUUCUUCCUCUUCAAUGAUGUCCUCAUUGUCACACGAAAGAAAAGUGAGGAGAGUUAUACAGUUAUAGACUACGCACUGAGAGAUCAGAUAUAUGUGGGGUCAUGUCAGGCAGAGGACCUGAAUCUCUCUCCAGUCCGUAGCACUGCAGGAAUGCUGACAUCACGACAGAACGUUGCCAGCCACCUGUUCCAGGUCAGAUUCCGCAGCAACCACUCUGGAUACAAUGUCACCAUGAUCUUGGGAGUGGAGCUACUUAACGAGAGAGCCCGCUGGAUCAGCGCUCUGGGACAGAACAGUAGUAACGACAAGAAUGACAGAAUGAAUUCCAUGCAGGUUGAGGUGACAAGGACGUACACAGCCAGACAGCCGGAUGAGCUCUCUCUACAGGUGGCUGAUGUGGUGUUGGUGUCACAGACAGUAGACGGCUGGUAUGAAGGUGAGCGUCUGCGGGAUGGAGAGAGGGGCUGGUUCCUGGCCGAGUGCGCCGAACUUAUCACCUGUCAGGCAACCAUCGAGAAAAACAUGCAGAGGAUGGACCGUCUGCAAGACCUAGAGACCAAUGUCUGAGGCUAAUGUCUGGAGCUCUCCCUCCUGAGGAAUGUACAGCACAUAAAGACUGGAUGAAUCUAACCACUACAGAGCACAAACAACUUUAGUAGCUUGAUACAAAAAACAAAUACACCAUAUGUUUUAUCCAAUAGCUUUUAUGUGAGCUCAGGGCUCAUGAAACAUAUUUUGUGGAAUUGGGGUCCCUGUUUAAAGUGAAGGAAAGUUUUAUAGCAGCACAAAGUUUUUCACUAUUUUGAUUUACUCAGGGAAAAUGUAAACAUGAAUUAUGCCAAAUGUAAAUAUGUAUUAGAUAUCUGCAAUUUGUAAACUUUUAUAAUCAGCAUAUCAAUUUAUAUUUGAGAUUAUAUAUGUACAUUAAAAGAUAUUUCGUUGCUUAAAGGUGCAAUGUGUAAUAUUUACAAAGAUCUAUUGCCAGAAAUGCAAUAUAAUAUACAUUACUAUGUUUUCAGAGGUGUAUAAAGACCUUACUUAAUAAACUGUUGUUUUUAUUACCUUAGAUUGAGCAAUUUCUAUCUACAUACACCGCGGGUCCCCUCACAUUGGAAGUUGCCACUAUGUUUGUACAGUAGCCCUAAAUGGACAAACUGCUCUACAGAGCGCGUUUCGUCACUUUGUUCUUGCAAAUAAACACUGACCCAAUUAUGAACAAGUACAUUAAUAUUCUCAAUAACAUCGAUUUAGGGAAUAAUUAAGUAAAUAUAAUUUAAUUUACCUUUGUAAAGAAAUCUCAUUGCUCUCUGCUGUCUUUACCGAUGACAUCUAUACCUGUGUCGGCCACCAUAGCUUCUCUAAAGGGAGGGGUGAGCUGAGGAACUGAGCUGUUGGUUGCAAUUCGCAACUUCACCGCUAGAUGCCGCUAAAAUUUACACACUGCACCUUUAAGCUUUUACUAUGUCCCUUAACCUAUGUGUAUAUAGCAAGCUUAACAAAUGAAGUCCUCCAUAGACAGAUUGAUUGCAUCAUGGCAAAUUUAAUUAAUUACUGUAAAGAAAAGCUUAUAAUAACUCAAGCCAAUGCUAAAAUAAAAAAAAAUUUCCCAAAAAUCGGUUUCUUAUUUCUAAUGCUGUAGGUAUUUACUCAAACACCUAGAAGUACAGAGAAAGAGUAUCAGUGUGUUCACACAGCUGUGACAGCAGAUCACUUUUCUGUACAUCACAGUUGAAUGUCUUUCAAAUAAAUAAGCACUUUUUGGUUGGUGCUCA